AUGCGCCGACAUCUCCUCGUCGCGCUCCUCGCCUGCGACGCAGCCCGCGGCGCCGUGAAGGACCUGGGCGCCUGCGUGCGCCUCGCGGAGCGGCGCAAGGCGGAGCCGCACAGCGAGUACCUCGAGAAGAAGUGGGCGUCCCUCGAGUGCCACCUCAUGCCGUCGACGCCGACGCAGGUCUUCCGGGCGAACCCGAACCUGGGCGCCGCGGACCGCAUGGAGAUGCUCGAGCGAAACGGCCAGAAGGUGCCGCGCUUCAUCCUGCAGCAGGAGUGCGACGAGCACCAGCGGGAGCUCAUCAAGCACGACUGUUUGCUCCAGCGCUUCACGCACGCGGGCGACUUCGGCGGCGAGAUCGUGGACUGGGAGGCCUGCGCGAAGAAGAUGGCAAAGCCGCCCAAGUUCCGCUGGGAGCAGCUCCGCUGCGAGGAGCUCGUGCAGGUGUCGCCGGCCGCGCAGUGGGCGAUCGAAUCCGUGGCCCGGACCAAGGCCAAGAUCGCCGCGGACGACGCCGCCGACGACGACGCCUGGUUCGAAUCGAGCCGCGAGACGAAGCAGCGCGCGCGCAAGACGGCGAGCGAGGCGGAGACGCGGCAGCGCGGGGAGGAGAAGAAGGCGCGCAAGACGGCGAGCGAGGCGGAGACGCGGCAGCGCGAGGAGGAGAAGAAGCGGUUCCGCCUCUCCGAGGCCGCCAAGGAGCGGGAGUUCCGCGCGCUCGCCCGGGAGCGGGGAGGCACCAUCCUCGAGGAGAUCCGCGAGGAGGCCGUCCACCUGGACGAGGCCUACGCGAAGAAGAUCGAGGGCGAGGCGCCCUGGCCCGGCGACGCGUACCUCAAAAAAGGGGGGGCGCACGGCGGCCGCGAGCUGUAA